CUCACAGUUGGACUUGGGUCAGCCUUUGGGCUUUGGUCGUGGUGUUUCAUUUUUACGGAGGGAGAAAAAACCGGAAGAUCAUAGAAGGCCAGUUCCCAUUGAAAUCCUACCAGUGCCUGGUUUGCUGUAAUACAAAUCAGCUAAAAUCUGCAUUUCACGGCGUUCUUCCUCCAAAACCCUAGGCCAAAAACCUCACCGCAACGAGAAAAAAUGGCUCGCAGCGCUAACCCUAAGAAGGCCAAGCGAAAGAACAAAAAGAACAAGGGGUCGUACGACGGACCGUCGUCUUCAACUAUGCCUUCCAAGCCUAUGACGGUCUGGCAACCUGGAGUCGACAAGCUCGAGGAAGGAGAAGAGCUCGAGUGUGACCCUUCUGCCUACAACUCUCUUCACGCCUUUCACGUUGGCUGGCCCUGCUUGAGCUUGGAUGUCGUCCAUGAUUCCCUCGGUUUAGUUCGGACUGAUUUCCCCCACACAGUUUAUUUAGUUUCGGGAACUCAGGCAGAGAACCCUGCUUGGAACUCUAUUGGAAUAUUCAAAGUCUCUAAUGUCUCUGGUAAAAGACGCAAACUCGUGCCUAGCGAGAAUGCUGAUGGGGAAUCGGACGCGGAUGACGAUAGUAGUGAUAGUGAUGAAGAUACUGAUGAUGAGGAGGCUGGUGGAUCAAAGGCACCUUCUUUGCAGAUGAGGAGAGUGGCCCAUGGAGGUUGUGUUAAUCGCAUUCGUGCUAUGGCUCAGAGUCCUCAUAUAUGUGCAACUUGGUCAGAUUCUGGUCAUGUACAGAUAUGGGAUUUCAGCAGUCAUCUGAAUGGUUUAGCAGAGUCCAAAACAGAAGCAGCAAUGAAGGAUCCUCCUCCAGUUGUAAAUCAGGCCCCAUUAGUUAAUUUCAAAGGCCACAAUGAAGAAGGGUAUGCCAUAGAUUGGAGUCCUCGUGUUGCUGGAAGGAUGGUGUCAGGGGAUUGUAGGAAUUCUAUUCAUUUGUGGGAGCCCACAUCUGGGUCUUCAUGGAAUGUUGAUCCUGCACCAUUUCUUGGACAUGUUUCAAGUGUUGAAGAUCUACAGUGGAGUCCCACAGAAGAUGACAUCUUUGCCUCUUGCUCUGUUGAUGGGACUAUUGCAAUAUGGGAUACUCGUCGAGGAAAGGUACCAGCAAUUCGCUUCAAGGCGCACAAUGCUGAUGUUAAUGUCAUUUCAUGGAACAGGCUUGCUAGUAUGAUGUUGGCCUCUGGAUGUGAUGACGGGACAUUUUCUAUUCGUGAUCUUAGGUUGCUGUCACAGAAUAUGGACGAUGAUACAUCAGUUGUAUCACACUUUGAUUACCAUAAAUUCCCAAUAACCUCCAUUGAAUGGAGUCACCACGAGGCUUCCACAUUAGCUGUUUCAUCAGCAGAUAAUCAGUUGACGAUAUGGGAUCUGUCACUGGAGAAGGACGAGGAAGAAGAAGCAGAGUUUAAAGCUAAAACAAAAGAGCAAGUAAAUGCCCCGGCAGAUCUUCCUCCACAGCUUCUCUUUGUUCAUCAGGGUCAGAAAGAUUUGAAGGAACUGCAUUGGCAUUCUCAGAUUCCUGGGAUGAUCGUGUCAACUGCUGCAGAUGGUUUCAACAUCUUGAUGCCUUCCAACAUACAGACAACUCUCCCUUCGGAAGGCAGUUAGGAACCCUCGCAACACAAACUGCUUUGAAAUCCGCUUCUCAAAUCCCGUGUACUUCUUCUUCUUCGUCGUCUUCUUCUUCUUCGUUCUGCGUGGGUUGAAAUCGUUUUUCCUUAAAACUUUUUCUUGGUGCGUGCAAGAUGGAGGUCUUCACACUCAGUAUCGUGUUUGCUUGAAUGAGAAAUUAGUUAAUUAUGCCCCCCUUUUUGACUGCUUUGAGGAAUGACGUUAGGGCCUAUUGGGCCUGUGUGAUAAUCUGGGUUUGUGCAAAACUGGUUCGUUUUCGCUUUGCUCGUUUAUUUUCAACGUGAUUCGGAACUGGAUUGAACCAUUGUCCAAAAAGUGUACGUUGCAGCUUCAUGAAGCUGUGAUCUACUGCUACGAUUCAUGGUACGGCACGGUGGUUGUCCUCUGUAAUCUGUAAUAAGUUGCAGUCUCGUCAAAUAGUGAAUUUGCAUACACAGAUGCAUGCACUAAUUAAGGAUGGAAAGAGGAGAUUGGGAUGCGUAUCCAUGGUUGAAGAGAGAAGAAGAUCACAUAUUGAAUAGAAGUGGUUCCUCAAGUAAGCAUCCAUUGACAAGUUACAUGCAGCAACCAACGAUUAUGGCAGACGUGGUAGGAGAAAGAAAACAAAACAGAGAUGGAUACGGGAUGAGAAACAAUGACAUAUAUAAAAUGUCGACACAAGAGUCAAGAAAGCGAUAGAUACAAUUUAUCAUAUGUAACAUAACACAAUAGUUUGGUAAGGCCGCCUAUAUAUAGUGAUUUGACCUUUAAGUAUUUUCAAUUUAUUGUUUUUGUUUAUGAUAGUAAUUACAUUUAAUAUUUUUAUGUCCACCUCUAAAAACAACAAUUCAUCAUUUGUGUUGUUAUAUUUGUAUUUUUAUCUCAUGACUCUACUUGAUGUAUUUCCUAUAAAAGAAGUAUCUUUUUUGUGCCUUGUCGUGCCUAUACUCAAUGGGGUUCCAAAAAUAUUAGACGCGACAUAGCCUUGAAGUAUUCAUGCUCGUGUCGGCCCGACCCAUAAAUUUCGCUCUUGUAUUUCUGUCAUGUCGUACAACUAUGAACAACCAGUCAAAUACACAAAUACAAGUUCAAAUGUGUCUUAAUUAAGUUAUUUGUAACCAAAUCAUCCAUUUAAAUACACAAACUACUAGAUUGAUUAACAUCGCUGGUCAAUUCAACCAAAAGUCAAGGUGGGUUGGCUGUGUAGUAUUUCUUCUUAUUAUUUUGGGUGGGAGGUAAGUUGUGUGAUCUAUUCCAGAGAGCUGAUCGAAGGAAAUUAAAUACAAAUUCUAGAUCCAAACGGUAGGGAUGAUCUGAACCGUUUUAUCCGAUUUGUUUGAUCUGUUUUGGGCGGAUACGACCAGUCCCAUAGGUGGGGCGGGGAGGCCAUGUGUAUUCUCAUCAAUCCGACCUGCCCCGACCCGGCUCAUUCUCGACCCGUUCUUGCCUAAAUUACAUGUAAUUUUAGUCAAAUUACUUAGGAUUUUCCUUUUAUUACUUCAUACUUCAGCUGUUAUAAAAUUGUAAAUUAGUGAAAACCUCAAUUUCUCUGAUAACUUAAUCACAAUUUAUCAUAUGAUGAUUUGUUUCUUGGUCUUAUAAUGAAAAUAACGAAUAUUACUAAUCAUUUCCAUAUAAAUUAUAUACUCAUUGGGUCGAUCUGCCCCGACCAGCGCCUGUAAUGAAUUACCCGACCUAACACGAGACGGGUAUGGAUAUCGAGAUACCCGGCCCGACCGACCAUGCCACAUUGCCAUUCCAAUCUAACAGCCCUAAUAUAGCAAGAUUAGCCAC